UUCGUAAGGUAAGCAUACAAAAUGGAUCAAUUAGUUGCCGCCAACUAUGACAAACAUAGCAAAAUAUGGAGUGGUCCCAAAAUGGAACCACUGUACAAUGUGGAACAUCAUUCUGUGGGUAAAAUUUUAUAUGGACAAAUGAGAAAUUAUCCCAAUAAAGUUAUACAGAUCGAUGAUGUUGAUAAUAAAAAUCUAACAAAUCGUGAAGCUUUAACCUGGGCCGUGCGUAUAGCGCAACAUUUUAAGAAAAUGCGUUUGCGUUAUGACGAUGUAGUGGGAAUAGCGGCUCGUAACACCACCUAUUUAAUGCCUGUGGCAGUGGCUUGUUUCCUCAACUCGGUACCUUUUCAUGCGGUUAGUCCUAUGUAUGAUGAAAAAUCGUUGAGUCACUGUUUUGGUAUUACAAAACCUGAAAUUAUAUUUUGCGAUGGUUCAGAUUAUGAAAAAAUACGUUUGGCUACUAAAUCCUUUAGACCGCUUAUAUACACCGUUAGCGAACAUAUUGAAGGUGUUGCCUCGGUUUUGGAUUUACUACAGCCAACAAAAACUGAAAUAUUUUAUCAACCCGAAAAGCUAUCCUUGGGUUCCGACCAAACUGUGGCUAUACUGUGCUCAUCUGGAACUACCGGUUUGCCAAAAGCUGUGACUAUAUCCGUUAAUAAAUUAAUGUUUGAUAAUCCCAUUAUUACCAGCGAAGAUGUCAUAUACACCAACAGUGGCUUAGAUUGGAUGAGCGGUCUAAUGACAAUGACAUUCAGUUGCUACUCGGGUUGUACCCGCAUCAUCUCACGUAAAACCUUCACACCAGAAUAUUUUGUAGAACUUUCAAGAAAAUACAAAAUAACAAAUGCCACCCUGGCACCAUCUCAUGUUGUUGCCUUGACUCAGUGUCCCAGCUUUACUACAGAAAAUAUGGAAACCUUAAAAGCACUACAAUGUGGUGGUGGCUGUAUUACCACCAAAACUUUAGAGAAGGCCCAAACCGUCUUGCCCCGUGCCUUUAUAUGUUUUGGCUAUGGUUUCACAGAGGCUGGUGGUGUUUCGGGUUAUUUUGGUUUAGAGCGUGGCAACUCGGUGGGCAAACUUGUACCCAAUAUACGCCUAAGAAUACAAGAUGAACAGGGUAACAAUUUGGGACCCAAUGAGGUGGGAGAAAUUCAGGUCCACUAUCCCCAUCAUUGGGCCGGCUACUAUGGCAAUCCAAUUGAAACCCAGCGUAUAAGAGAUUCGUUAGGCUGGUUUCAUAGCGGUGAUUUGGGUUACAUGGAUGAGGAUGGGUUCCUCUAUGUGAUUGAUCGUAAGAAAGAAAUUUGUAAAUAUCUAUCCGAACACUAUUGGCCAAGUGAAAUUGAGAAUUGUAUAAGAGAGCUAAAUGAUGUUGUUGAUUGCUGUGUGGUGGGCAUUUUUGAUGAAUAUUAUGGUGAUUUAGCCGGAGCCUUAGUUGUUAAGGUCAAGGGCAGUUCAUUGAAGGAGCAUGAUAUCGUGGAUCAUGUUAAGAAUCGUUUACAAGCUAAGCAAAAACAACUUCACAAUGGUGUGUUGUUCGUGGAUGAAUUGCCGCAUAAUUUCAAUGGUAAAAUUGUGAAGCGAGAAGCUAGGGAAUUAUUUGUUAAAUUAAAGAAUUUAAAUGGUAAAAUUUAAAUGUU